CGCCCCCUUACGCAAACGAUGAGUCGUUCUGGUGGCGCCCGUGCACCCGAUGACCAGACGAAGCUUAAGAAGCAGCUCAAUGAGCUGAUGAAGCUUGAGGAGAACAAGUUCUGCGCCGACUGCGGCUGCCGUGGGCCUCGCUGGGCCUCAAUUAACCUCGGUGUCUUCAUCUGCAUCGCGUGUUCGGGUAUCCACCGCAGUCUUGGCGUCCACUUAACAUUCGUACGUAGUGUGAAUCUGGAUUCGUGGACGUCGGAUCAAGUGCAACAGAUGCAGCGCUGGGGCAACGGCCGAGCUAAGGCCUACUACGAGGCCAACGUGCCUCGGGAUUACCGUAUUCCGACCGAACACUCGUCUGUUAGAGACAAGGAAAUGUGGAUUAGAGACAAGUACGAACGCAAACGCUUUGCGGGCGAAGCUCCAAGGGAGAGUGAGGACCGCGGAGCGCGUAGGAAGAAGCACAGCAGCUCAGAUGAAGAGGAAGAGCCACGUCAGCGACGUAAAGACAAGGAACGCACUAGUUCCCGGCAUGGAUCCCGUACUGCGUCUAGAGAGGCCACCCCUACGCACCCAGCAGUGACUAAGGAUAUUUUAUCGUUUGACGUAUUCAGUGCCCCUGUGCCAGAGUCUAAACCUGCUCCAAGCUUAGUGGACGCUGCACCUGUUGCUGCUGCCCCUAAGCAGGACGAAUGGGCUUCUUUCGGAGGAUCCAGCAAUGCCCAGUCCGGUUUUAAGGACGCUUUUGCCCCGCAGCCUCCGACGCAGGCCGACCAACAUGUGAACAAGAUGGCAAACAUCAUGGCGAGCUUCGGAUCGUCGACGCAGCCUCAACAGCAGAACGCUUUCCCUCCUCAACAGCAACAGAACGCGUUCCCUCCUCAACAAGGCAUGGCACCGGCACCUAUGAUGGGCAUGCAGAUGAACGGGAUGAACAUGAUGGCUCCACGACCUAUGGGCAUGAAUAUGCCAAUGAGUAUGCCUAUGGGCGCACCUCAAGGCUUCAUGAACCCCAUGAUGGGACAGCCUAAUAUGAUGGGAUAUCCCAUGCAGAACCAAAUGUUCGGCGCUCAGCAGAAUGGCAUGAUGAUGGGUGGCGCUGCUCCGAUGGGUUUCCAGGGUCCGCCGAUGGGAAUGAACCCGAUGGGAAUGCAGAUGAAUCAGGGAGGCUACCAACAACAACAACAUCAGGGAGGCUUCCAACAACAACAACUACAGCAGCAGCAGCAGCAGCGACCACCUCAACAGCAAGCAGGGGGACUGAACCAGUCGUUUGUUAACUUCGGUUAGGAACGUCGCGGAUGAAAUGGUGUUUGAUCUUCCACCCCCCCCAUAGAGCAAGGACGUCUAAACUCUCCUCCUAUCGGUCAAAUGCAAUGGGAAUCAAUACAUUACUUCGCUAAACCUGU